AUGCGGGAUAAAGAAAAAGUGUGUAUAAAAUACAAAAAAGAAAAAAAACACGCAUUAAAACAAAGAGCAUUUGAUAAAUAUAAGAAAGCUCAACAAGACCUCGAAAGACGAAUGCGAUUCUUUCGACGUAAAUACAACCUGGACCUAGCUAUUAAUCUUGAACACUUUUCGUCAAAAAAUCCGAAACGAUUCUGGGAAGAACUUAAAUCUCUCGGGCCUAAAAGGAAAAAUAAAAUUCCGAAAGAGUGUUAUACAGUUGACGGGAAUAUUUCUACUGAACCUACUUUUGUACAAAAUGUAUGGAAAUCGGAAUUCUCUAAUUUAUACAAUCCUCUCCCAACAGACACUGUUUACAACGACACCUUUCUCCAACAAGCUGUAGAAUUAGUCAACUUUAUGGAAAGUAACAUGCUUGACCCUUUAAGAGAACACAAUCCUCAACUAAAUCGAUCUAUAGAACUUUGGGAGGUCAAAGAUGUCAUCCUGAAAUCUAAAAACGGAAAAUCCCCUGGCGUUGACGAAAUCCCAUAUGAAGUUUUGAAAUAUGAUUGUGUUAUAGAAGUUAUUCAUCGAUUAUUUAUGCUAUAUUUUGAGUCUAAUAUUAUACCUUCAGAAUGGCGCCAAGCUAUAAUAUAUCCUAUUUUAAAAGACUCUAACAGUGACCCAAAAGUACCACUUAAUUAUCAAGGAAUUAGUUUACUAUCAACCAUAUAUAAAAUGUACAGUUCGGUUCUAAACAAUAGGUUAGUAUCCUAUCUGGAGGAUAACAUUUUGCUGGUUGACGAACAAAAUGGAUUUCGACGUGAACGCUCAUGUGCAGACCACCUAUUCAAACUCAAUAGUAUAAUACAGAAUAGAAAAGAAACAUUUGUGACAUUCAUCGACUGA